UUGUCCAAAAAGACGACGCGACGCAUUCGCUUGAAUUUCCUUUUCGCCUGUUUCUACAACGCUAUCGGCAUUCCAGUCGCAGCCGGGGUGUUCAUACCGUUGGGAUUCGCAAUCCAGCCGUGGAUGGCUGCGGCAGCAAUGGCGUUGUCUUCAGUGAGCGUUGUCACAUCGUCACUCCUUCUGAAAACAUUCAAGAAGCCAACGCGUCUUUCAUUGUGUACAUCCGAAUUCCGAAAACAUGAAGCAAAAUUGAUGAUGGGUGGUUCAUAUAUUGUGGUGCAUAGAGGUUUGGAUGAUAAGGGCGUAAAACGAUCGAAUUCGAAGUCGUCAGUUGCAUCUGUCAUAUCGAGUAUCAGCUCCAUCUUCGGCUCGCAACAGAGUAUCAAUCGACCGAAAUCGAGAGAAAGAUCGUGCAUGAGUCAUUUGGAUAGUUAA